GAAAAUCAAUAUUAUUCUAAUAAUUUCUAUUGAUUAUUAUUUUGAUUAUUUUGUUGUGCAUAGAGAUACCCAUUACCCAGUACCCACGGUUAUAUUACCGCGUAGCCCGCUGUGGUGGUAAGGACUCCGGUACGGCGUAUGUAGGACAUAUUUUGUAAACAGUUACCAUGGUUAUGAACGUAAAUAAAUUUGUUCGGAUCAAAAAAUGAAAAAAAAAAGAAUUACAGUUAUUAUUGGUAAACGACAUAAAGUAAUCUGUAGAUUAGUUAAUUAUUAAUAUUACAGUAGUGAACGGCAUUAAAUUUAAAAAAUACGCGUAAAUAAAAUGGAACAGUAAACAAGCGUUGGAGGUAAACGGUACCGUGGUUCAUGGCGGUCAGCGCCAUGUUACGCUGUGUACCGUGAUUACAACAACGACCAUUCGGCUGUUUUCAUUUGAAAUUUGACGUUUGAAUUGGCGGGUUGUCGGUGAUGCAACUUAAUCAGUCGCGUUCGAUAUUCAUUGUUUGGAGUCCAUAAUUCUGUUGUUUGAACGAAGCACGAUUAUUAUUACUGUAAACCAACGUCAAUUGUCCGUGUUUUUUUAUUUCGUUCGGUCCGUUUGAUUGUUUCGUUCGUGUUGGACAAACGGUGUUGUUGUGUCGCAUUAUUAUCUCGACGCGUACCGCUGUUCUCGUAUCAUCGACAACAUACAAUAAUAUUGUGGAUCGGUUUUUAAAGAUGGCGAACCAAAGGACAGCGUCGAGCUCGACAUUUCAACAGCAACAGAUGGCACAACCGCCAAUCGAAACGCUACUAUUCAAUGAUAUUAUUGAAGAGAAGAGUGUACAGUUGCGAGAUAUAAUGGAUCAAUUUUUGCAAGUACAUUCUUUCAGUAAAUUUGAAUCCGAAUUCAAUUUAUUCAUAAGGCGUAUUAAACACAUCGCUAAAGAUGGACAGCGCAAUGGUGCAAACUUCACACGUCACACAAUGCAAAUGCCUUCCGAUAAUGGCACACAACUGUCGAGUAAACCAACGGAAGAUGGCGGGUCACAGGUAAACAACACAGGUGAACCCGCAAAUGCAUUUAAACGACCAUCGGUUGCUGAAUAUAUACCUAAAACAACGUUGACACGUAAUAGCCAGUCGAACAAUAUUCUUAAUAAAACAAUGAACUUUUGUGACACAAUUAUUGAAGAAAGCUUAAUCAAUGACACUGCUCAAGAAGAUACUCAACAACCAGAAUUUCUACCACCAACUGCGCCAAAACCAUAUUCUGUGUCAUCACAAAAUGAUAAUGCACCGCCUACCACCUUCAACAAUGGAAAUGAAGACGACACAAUGGAAUUUGAUUCAGAAUUAGUUGAGUCUGUUCAGAUACCAAAUAGUAGUGACAAUACCAGCGGAUCUCAACUUAGUCAAGAACAGUCUAAUGGUUCAUUAAGAAGUUUGGAAAAAAGUAAAGUGAAGUACUUAACCAAGUGGUCAUUAAAUACAAAGCAAAUUAAAUCAAACAAGGGCAAUUCAAAGUCAGUCAUCACAUUAACAGGUACUUUAUUAGCAGGAGAUCAAACCACAGAAUUGAAGAAAGUUCAUAAAGCUGGUAUUUUGGUUGUUCGUAAGACUAAACAGAUUGUCAAAACAGAUAAUGGAUUAUACCAUUUAAUCGGUCCAAUCGCUGAAGGAUCUCCAGUUAAUUUGUUUCGUGCAUGUGUAGAAACAAAUGGUAUUCCAAAAACCUGGAGAAAUAUUUUAACAAAUUUGUCAACGGAAGUUGAAGUAAAUCUCAAUGAGAGUAUGACUAGAAAAGGCACAAUCUAUAACAAGGAAAAAAAAACUGGUCAAAACUCUUCUGGACUAAAAGCCAAUUUUGGACGUGAUUUAAUCAAUGAUAUAGAAUUUCGUCAACAAUUGACAGAAUUGUCAACAUCUAGAACAAUAAAACCAUUUGCAGUAUGUCAUACUCCAACUCAACUUUUGAAGCACAAAUUUCAUCGAAAGUAUGUCAAAGCUUGCUUGAUCAUUGGCAGUCAGUGCAAAACAGACAAUAAGAUGGAUGAAUAGUUUCAACAGCAUAAAACAAAACUAAGAAAUCAAAACAACAGAAAUUUUUACGGUGCCUUAACUAACAAAAAAAAAAAAAAAAUUGGACAAUUUAAAGAUGUACAUUAUGUGAAGUUUAACUUUUAAGAUGACACCAAAAGAAUUUUGUCCUUAUAUUAUAUUUCUGUUAACUUAUUUUUAUUUUUGUUUUCAUUUUUUCUUAAAACAAAAACUUGUUAUAAUAUUUGUAUUCCUAUUAGUUUCAUAAUUAAUGAUUUUGUUAUGUUUAAAUAAUAUUAAUAAAAGUAUUGUUAAACAAUUAAGCAAUAUUUAAAAACUUACUUAAUAUUUCAAAGGUUUUUUUUCUUUUUAAAUUUGAUUUAUGAAUCAAUUUUUUUUUUAUAUCAACCUGCAUAAAGGUAUUUAAAAAUUAUCUUGACUCAACAGUAAAUGUAUUGAAAUUAUUUUGUAAUUUUUAAAAUUAUUUUUAUGACAUCUCAUUUUAAUAAUGUUUUUUUUUGUGGUUUUUUUUUUGUGGUUUAUUUUAUUAUAUUUAAUUAUAAGGAACUAGAAAUUAAGUCCAUUUGUCAUUACAUUAUCAUUAUCAACAUAUUUGAACUGCUGGUUUUCUCAAGUUUUUUUUUUUUAUUGUUUAACUUUAUUGAAUAAAAAAAGGCUUUAAAUUAAAUGCCAACCUGUUAAUAUUAUUUUAACUAAGAUAGUACUAUGAUGUAAUUAUUACAUGGAUAAUAAAUUAAAAAUUAUUAACCUAAAUAAAAAGUCAAAAAAUGAUUUAUUCAUUAAGAGGAUGUCAGUGCACUAUUUGUUUUCUCUCUCGGACCCACUCGCAACUUCAAAUUUCACAAUAAGGUCUUUUCACUCUAAUCUUAGAAAUUAUUAUGGUUAUAAUCAUUAAUGUGAACUUGAAAUUUGUUAUGUUGUGCAUGGGACGGAUAGAGAAAACAAAUAUUGCACUGACAUCUUCUUAAAUGUAAAUAAACAUUGUUAAUUAUUAUCUAGAAUAUCAUAACCAAUGAUUAUUUAAAUUGUUUUGUGUUUUGAUGUUAAUUGACUGCUUAAGCAUUUAAAAUUAAUUUAGUGAUGUUAAAAAAUUAAAUCAAAUUUUGUAGAUCAAAAAAAUAUGCAUACUAUUUGUGUGAGUGAGUUGUAAAUGAGACAUUUAUAGUUUAUACACAAUAUACUGAAAACUGAAAUUUGGAAAUUUAUAAUUAUAAUAAUUUAGUUAUUGCUGCUGUAAAUAUGAAAUAUAUCCCUCAUAUUUGCAAAAUACAAUAUCAUUUUUUGAAAUAUUAUCGACUGGUGUUAGACUUGCAAAGGAAUCUGAUAGAUUAGAAUGCACAAAUUUCAUCAGUGUUGAAUAUAUCAAAAAUAUUGCAUAAAUAUAUCAACUUAUUUUCAUUUUUUGCACAUUCCUUGUAUUUUGUAUGAUAUUGUUUUCUAGUAAUAAAUUAAAAAAAAUCUUUAGGAAAUUCAA